AUGGAGGCGCGCUGUCAAUGCAGCGCUGUGCGCUUCACCACGCCCCUUCCACAGCCGUUGGCGCUCUACAUCUGUCACUGCUCGAGCUGUCGUCGGCAGACGAGCAGUGCAUUCGGGGCGUCAGCCAUCUUUCCCCGAUUCAAACUGCCAGACGUUGAGCUGCUCAGCUGCUACGCCUACUUUUGUCGCAAUUGCGGGACUCGUCUCUUCCAUAUCACGCCGACCAAGAAUGUCGUUUCCAUCAAAGGCGGCUGCAUCUCCGGCCUGGACUGGUCGAAAGCAAUCCACAUCUGGACGAACCAGGCCAUGGUGCCCAUCCCCGAGGACGCAGAGUCGCACCCCGAGGAGGCGCCCCCCUCGGACCUCUGCUCGCGGCAGUCGUCGUCGGCUGGCUCGUGUAACGACAACAGCAACACAAUCGACGUGCUGGACCAGCCUGGGCUUUUGAGAGGGAGCGGCGACUGUGACAUGACCGCCCAGGCGGCGGAUGCGAUUGGAGAGGUGGAGGACUGGAAAGCCGUGCACGGGAGGGAGGGCAUCCGGGGCGGCUGCGAGUUAAGCGGUUGA